AUGAAGCUGCCUCUUGCGUGCCUCGGCGCUGCUGCUGCCAUCGCGCUCUGCUUCCGGGAGGCCAGCGCCGUCCGCCAAGCAACAUUGCACUCGCAGAUGGAAAACGAGUUGCCGACUGAUCAGGACGGGGUGCCAACAUGCGAAAAGGCGGAGUUGCCGCUGUCGAUCUCGGCAGCCCACGGGACAGCAGCCUUCAAAUGCUCCAAGGGGCAUGAGCUUAGCCCUGAUUACAAAAAUGACACAGCGGAGCAACAAGUAUAUAUCGGAGAUUCGGAAAAGAAGCUCUCAGAGGUUCUUAAAGGAGCAACGCUGAAAAAAGUAUCGACUGCCCAAGACAACCUCGCGAAGGAAAAGGUGACAUCGCCAGACGCAGCGUCGCAGCCCGUAUACUCCCUAACCGUUGAUGAGCUGCCCGAGCAGCAGAAGGAAAUAAUGUUCAAAUGCAUGAACAAGACUCAAGAAACUAUGCAGGUGGACAGGCAAGAGGCAGGCGAGAAUAAAACAGAGUGCACAGUCACUAUCACGGUGGCUUCGUCAGGUACAUCUACCGCGUUCCGCCCAGUGGUCGCGGCGAGUGCUCUCCUCGGACUCAUUUCAAUGAAUACUGCUGGGGUCCUUCAGCUCGCGGCAUGA